AUGACCAUUCCUCUCUUUCCUUUGUCCGCCCCUGUAACUCCUUCUCCUUUUGGUAGAGCGCCCACACCCAUUCGUCGUCCUCGAUCCGCUUAUGCUUGGGCUUACCCACAUCAGAUCACAGCGAUGAAUCCCAUUUCCAACAAAAGACGUCGCUCUUCCUCUCCCAGUGGUCCUUCUCGUGCUCGACCUACUCUUCGAUUGAGUUCACCCUCACCUCCCCACAGUAGUCGCUCAGGACGCCCACCUACCGCAUCACCAUCUCACCCCAUCCUUCCCGCCCCUAUCCCUUCUUCUUUGUCCGGUCCCAGUUCCGGCACUCCUUUCCCUUCCCCCUUUUCCAGCACGGCAGGUCCCAGUGGGUCAGGAUGGCAAUCCAACUGGCCCAACAGUCGUAGCAUACGAAGAAGCAUCGAUGCUCGCAGUCCUUUAAGCGGAAGCACCAGCCCUAAGAUGGAAGGCAUCGAUGAGGAUAGCGUCGUGCUCGCCCGCGACACUUCGGGAAGGGCGCCACGUAGUAUGAUCGCGUGUACCAGGUGUAGACGGCAAAAAAUGAAAUGCGAUGGACCUGGUCAAGUACCCUGUCGAGGUUGUCGGCAAGCAGGUGUGCCAUGUGUGUUCGAGCCUCGAACUCGACCAAAGUCCAUCUCAGCUCUUCCUUCACGACCUGGACCUUUCUUCACUGGAAAUCUGAUUGCACCUCACGCAACUCGUCCAGGUACACCCACUGGUCCACCCUUUUAUCCCAGCACUGCCGCACCUGCGCCACCUAUUACCUCUCGUCCUCCAAGCGAUUAUGCACUCCGGCAAACAAGAGAACCUAUGCCCCCUCCACCUAGCACAUCUAUCGGCACCCUAGCCUCGGCAUAUAGGGGCCCUUCUCCUCCCACCUCUGGACACAGCUCCACAUCGAUCUUAUUACCUGCACCUCAGAUCCCAUAUUCUUCGGGUCCUCCUCUACCUCCUCUUUCGGCUCCUCCUGCCCCACCACCUACUCUGGGGCCCACCACUGCAAAUGUCGAAGGGCGUCUCCGUGCGGUCGAAAUCGCCCUCCAAGACCUGGCCACUUUACGAUCCUCUGUGUCAUCCAUACAGAGCACCUUGUCUUAUCUUGUGCGACUACAGGAAUCAAGUUUGUCGCAAUCUCGUCCUGCUGUUCCUACCCCGCCUCCACCACCACCAGUUCCUGCUCCCUCAGUUCGAGCCAGACAACACGUUGUCUCCGUUACCGAGGAAGUGGUGGAUAGUUAUCGCAUUCGUGCUUGGCCUAUCACACCUUGGCUGGUUGGACUACGAGAAACCCGUGGGUUGCCGAGUAUGGUCAUGGAUUAUAUGGGAAAACGAACUCUUGUCACUGUCAAUCAACGCAUGAACAAACAAGAUUGCGAUUUAGCGGAGGAACUAGUCCUUGCUGAAGUGUCCAGGCUCGUAGUUGAGCGUCUUGACUUGACUAGGGACGAAAUCAGAGCCCUUGGAGUGUAUGCAACCUGGAGUAACGAUACCAAACUCACAUCGCUCACUAUGAGCCACGCACGCAAUCAAGGCUUGGACAGAGUUCUACUUACCAGAGCAUCACACGAUGAUUGGAGAGAAUGGAUCUAUCUCGCUAUCAUGGACCAGCUCUGCCACAUUCCAGAUUACAUCGCGCCCGUAACUAGAGAAUCGUACGCCCCUUCUUGGCGAGACAGGCUUGGCGCUCCUACUGUGGAUGACCCAGAAGUACGGGAUAGGGAUUACAAGUUGUUAGCUUGGUUGGAGUAUGCUGAGAUGUUGACGCAGAUCUUCUUGGCGCAACAAGCUAUACGUGUGGAAGAUUCAGACGACGCAAUGUCCACUUCUGAAGCCACUGAUCGACACGAAAGACCAGCAAGACCUCGGUCUGUCGCUUCCAUGCGAUCGACCCCGGUAGCCACCACUUCUGUCGCUCAUGUUGUCUCUGGACCAUUGCCCGGUUCGACGGGUGAGGAUGGUGGGUCUGACGAGAGGAAAGCAUUGGAGAUUUGGCAUAGGUUUGGGAGAAGGUUGGAGUCAUGGGCAGAGUCCUGGUCUGCCAGAGUGGAUCCUAUCCUCGCUCUUCAUCUCAAUUACGCAAUACUAUUCACUUCCUCUCCAGCUUUUCUAGCUUCUCAAAACGUUUGGAUCGAUCUAGCAUCUCAUCAUGAAGGAUACGAACAACUUGAACGUGGUCGAGAUGCAGCAUUAGCCAUCCUACAUUCCAUUUGUACACCCGAUAUAAGUCGUACCAUUCCUUAUUCAUUUUCACUCUAUAGAUCUUAUUUAUCACUUUCAAUCCUUCAUCUAGUCUCUCUGACAUUGGCAUUACCAAGUUCUCCUAUAGUUUCAAACCAUAAUAUUUUUACUAUACUUCAAUCUACUUUAGAUACCCUAAAUAAUUCACAACCUUUAGAUGCGAAAUUAAGAGAUACAUCUUCUACUUUCAAUCGUUCAAUCGGUACUUCAACUUCUACCGGGGGUAAUUCAGGUCCAGGGUUGAAAUUGACCGGUUGGUUGAAUGAUAUAGUUGAAUUAGGUUUAGAAAGAGGUGGUAAAAGUUUAUUAGGUUUAGAACCUGGAAGAGAAAGUUGGAAAAGGAUUAUCAAUUGA